AAUAUAUGAAAGAAAACUACCCAAAUGCUAAACGGCAGCGUCGACCGUGAUCCAGUCCCGGCAGAUCCUUUGAUCUCCAUUGAAGACUCGCGACAAGAGGAGGAGGAGAGCAAAGCAAAGCAAAGCAAAGACAGAAGGAAGAACAAAUAAGCGAAGAUAGAAAGCAAAAAAGGAACGCACAAAAUAGACUCAGAGAGAGAAAGCGAAGAGCAAGCUGCGGUUCGGCGCUUAAAAUCUGGAGAGGAAUCACAGUGGCAUGUUAGAGAGCUUUGCAGUCUAGAUAAUCGAAUCAGAUUAAGCGGAGAGGAGAGGGGCAGCAGCUCCGUUGGGGAAGUUUUGUCAUGAUCAGAUGCUCUCUGGUGUUUAGUAACGAGCAGCGGCAAAAUGAUCAAUAGCAAUAACGGUAUGAUUUCGACGUCAUCGUCGACGGCUAACGCCCAAUCGCCGGGUUUGAAGACCUAUUUCAAAACCCCAGAAGGGAGGUACAAGCUCCACUACGAAAAAACACACCCUUCUGGUCUCCUUCACUAUGCCCAUGGCAAAACUGUCACUCAGGUAACUCUAGCUAAUCUGAAAGACAAGCCAACCCCACAGACCCCGACAUCUUCGUCUUCAACGUUUAGUGCUAGCAGUGGGGUGAGAUCAGCUGCAGCAAGAUUGUUGGGUGCUGGCAAUGGGAGUCGAGCACUUAGCUUUGUUGGAGGCAAUGGUGGUAGUAAAAAUGUUAGUGGCACCGGUAGGAUUGGUUCUUUAGGGGCUUCGUGCUCAAGUAGUGCUAUGAUAAAUCCAAACUUUGAUGGAAAAGGGACUUACUUGAUAUUUAAUGUUGGGGAUGCUAUUUUUGUUAGUGACCUCAACUCUCAAGAUAAGGAUCCAAUCAAAUCCAUCCAUUUUAGUAAUUCGAACCCUGUUUGCCAUGCCUUUGAUCCGGAUGCUAGGGAUGGACAUGAUUUGGUUAUUGGUUUGAGUUCCGGUGAUGUCUACUCAGUAUCUCUCAGACAACAAUUACAGGAUAUUGGGAAGAAACUUGUAGGGGCACAACAUCAUAACAAAGAUGGUUCUGUCACUAACAGUCGUUGUACUAGUAUUGCAUGGGUGCCUGGAGGUGAUGGUGCUUUCGUUGUUGCUCAUGCUGAUGGGAAUCUUUAUGUGUAUGAAAAGAACAAGGAUGGUGCUGGAGAUACUUCUUUCCCCUUGAUCAAGGAUCAGGCCCUGUUUUCUGUUUCACAUGCACGGUACAGCAAGGUAUACUAGAAUAUUAUUCUGGAGCUGGUUCUAGCAAUAUGAAACUAGAGUUCGCCACGAAAUCCCCAACCACUGUUUGUUAUCUAUUGUUGCUGUUACUAUGUUAUGAUGAUGCCUGAUCAAGUAGUAACCGAAAACUAAAAUGUUUGGGGGGAUUUCUUGUGCUGAUACAUAAUUUUUUAGGCAGAGUUUAUACCCUGGGGUCUUGUGUUUGCGUUAGUAGCACACAUGAACUUAACUGAACGGAUAAGUUUUCUGAUUUGGUUUACCUUCUUUGUUUAUUUUGUGAACUGUAUGCAGAGUAACCCUAUUGCCCGAUGGCACAUAUGCCAAGGUUCAAUAAAUAGUAUCACUUUCUCAGCAGACGGAACCCACUUAGCAACUGUUGGAAGAGAUGGAUACCUUAGAGUUUUUGAUUAUACAAAAGAACAACUUAUUUGUGGUGGGAAGAGUUACUAUGGAGCUCUACUAUCUUGUGCUUGGAGUAUGGACGGGAAGUACAUUUUGGCUGGUGGUGAAGAUGAUCUAGUUCAAGUUUGGAGUAUGGAAGAUCGGAAGGUUGUCGCAUGGGGCGAGGGACAUAACUCAUGGGUGAGUGGGGUGGCAUUUGAUUCAUAUUGGUCAUCACCUAAUGCAGAUGGUACGCCUGAGACGGUAAUGUACCGGUUUGGUUCUGUUGGUCAGGAUACACAGUUGUUGUUGUGGGACUUGGAAAUGGAUGAAAUUGUGGUGCCAUUACGAAGAUGCCCUCCUGGUGGCUCCCCAACAUUUAGCGCCGGCAGUCAAUCAUCACACUGGGACAAUGUUGUCCCAGUUGGCACUCUGCAACCUGCUCCAUGCAUGCGAGAUGUUCCAAAACUAUCUCCUCUUGUUGCUCACCGUGUUCAUACCGAGCCACUUUCUGGGUUAAUCUUCACUCAAGAAUCCGUUGUUACAGCAAGUCGAGAAGGCCACAUUAAAGUAUGGAUGAGACCAGGAGUUGGUGAGAGUCAGUCAGCAGCGACAAACUCCGAGGCUAAUCUGACGGGCAAUUUGAAAGAGAAGCCCUUGUUGUCGAGCAAGAGCUCCACUGCUGGUUUCAGGCAAUGACAUUUUACAAGACAGUCAACACCUGCAAUCCGAGACCAUGUAGUGUUAUUAUUUUUGGGUGGAUGUGAGUUUCACUCUUUAUACUGGUGCAGUUCUGCCUCCGUCUUCUUGAGCUGGUUGUUUCCUCAAAAGUUGGCGCCAGUGAGAUUUGAUCAGUUUGUUCUACAUUUGAGGCAUGAAAAUAUUAUUGAUUUCCACUUAACGGAGCUUGGGAAGGAGAGAAAACCCAGCCUUUGUAAGUACGGACCGCUGCCGUUCCUAGGAAGGAAGAUAUGUAUACGCAAUUUAGUUACCGACAGGAAAUAAUUGGAAAUUUUUUGUGCCUUGCAGAGAUCAGGGUCCAUUUUCACUUCCCUUGAAUUUUGGAGAUGGUGAAAAUAUUUUGGAUCAUUUGGAAGAUGGAAAAUUUGGAUGGGCUGAAUCGUAGUCGGAUUUGCAACUGUUUAUGUAUGGAAUGCAUGAGGGCGGGGAAAUGGUCUUGUUUGACCAGACUAGAUAUGGUCUGCGUACAUAACAAAAAUCAUAAAUCAGAUCAUAUACUAUACGAUUCAUAUUAGAUUACGAUUGUGUGUAUGAUAUGGUUUGGAUCAGAUUGACUUUUACAAAAAAUUAGCUAGUAGCAAGGUUAACAUGG